GAGAACGGUGCCUUAAAACGGCGAAGAAGGAAAAUAGUUAAAGGCGGUUUGGUAGUCGUCAUUAGUGGGGUCAUCCUUCUCUCUCCUUCUACUAGUCUGGACUCUGGUCUAGUCCUUCUCGAGUCGAGUACAGUUGUAUUCGUUCGUCGGCCAACUAGGAGCUUGGAGGGAGAGUUCACAAUUUAACCUUGGGGUUUGGGAUGGGUUUAGUCUGGUCUAGUCUUUCUGUGACUGUGGUGUGAGGUUCGUUUCGUUAAAACCCUAAAUAACCCCAUAAGCUACCGUUAACGUUAACCAUUUACCAAUCUCCUCCUCCUUGGCAGUCGUACUCGUUCGGUUCCUCCCCCCUAUAAAACCAGAUUAUAUAGAGUUGGUUUUGGGUAAUAGAAAGUUAAUACCAGGCCUUCUCUCUGCGCCCAAUGUCUCGCGUCGGAACCGACGAGAAUAUCCCGGCGAGGUUGUUCGUCGAUGAUAAACCAGGUUUGGAGACAAAACAUGCCUUAGAGCUCCAGGGUCCUGCUGGGACACCACGCACCAGGUCCUCUCCCACUCUAGGUGAACUGCUGAGGCGGGUGGGAGAGACGCGGUGUGAAGCCUCCGGUAAUGAGACUCCGCCGCACCAGGUGGUCAACAUGAGCGACACCAGCCUCGACCCAAGGUCUCUACCUUUUGUUCUCUCCUUCACCAAUCUGACGUACAGCGUCAAGAUUCGCCGUAAGAUUUCGUUCUCAACGUGUUUUCACCGAACCAAUAGACUCGGAACUACAACGGAGCCUAUCGAUAACGAGCCUAGUAGGUUCACUAAUACAAAGAUCCUGUUGAAUGAUAUCUCCGGCGAAGCCAGGGACGGAGAAAUCAUGGCUGUUCUUGGCGCCAGUGGAUCGGGGAAAUCAACUUUGAUUGAUGCUCUUGCCAAUCGCAUCGCCAAGGGGAGCUUGAAAGGGUGUAUAACCUUGAACAAUGAAGCUGUUCCUUCUCGUCUACUCAAAGUGAUCUCUGCGUACGUCAUGCAAGACGACCUUCUCUUCCCGAUGCUAACCGUCCAAGAGACCCUCAUGUUCUCGGCGGAGUUCAGGUUGCCCCGCACGCUCGAUAAGUCGAAGAAGAAAGCCAGAGUCCAAGCCCUGAUCGAUCAGCUAGGGCUCAGAAACGCCGCCAACACGGUGAUUGGCGACGAAGGCCACAGAGGUGUCUCAGGCGGAGAACGCCGUCGGGUUUCCAUUGGAAUCGAUAUAAUUCACGACCCCAUCGUAUUGUUCCUGGACGAGCCAACGUCUGGACUAGACUCGACGAGCGCUUUCAUGGUGGUGAACGUCUUGAAGCGAAUCGCUCAGAGCGGGAGCAUAGUUAUCAUGUCCAUACAUCAGCCGAGUUACAGAAUCAUAGGCCUUCUCGACCGUCUAAUAUUUCUGUCACGUGGACAAACAGUGUACAGUGGCUCGCCGGCAAAUUUGCCGAAUUUCUUUCGCGAUUUCGGGCACCCGAUUCCAGAGCACGAAAACCGGACCGAGUUUGCGCUCGACUUGAUCCGGCAACUCGAGGGAUCGCCGGGUGGAACCAAGAGCUUGGUUGAAUUCAACAAGUCGUGGCAGCAAAACGUGAAGCAUCCAACGAUCCCUGAACACAACCAACAUGAGCACUCGCUCAAGGACGCAAUCAGUGCAAGCAUUUCAAGGGGGAAACUGGUUUCCGGGGCGACGAAUGAUGCGAGCCCUAUGUCGUCGUCGAUGCCAACGUACGCAAAUCCGUUCUGGACCGAGAUCGCUGUGCUAUCGAAUCGAUCGGUGACGAAUUCGAAACGGAUGCCGGAGCUGGUGGGGAUCCGUUUUGCAGCAGUCAUGGUGACUGGUUUCAUAUUGGCUACCAUAUUCUGGCAUGUGGACAAUUCACCCAAAGGAGUUCAAGAGCGACUGGGGUUCUUCGCCUUUGCCAUGUCCACCACAUUCUACACCUGCGCCGAGGCGCUCCCAGUGUUCCUGCAGGAGCGGUACAUAUUCAUGAGAGAGACGGCUUAUAACGCUUAUCGUCGUUCUUCUUACGUUCUAUCUCACUCUAUAGUGGCCAUACCUUCUCUGAUCUUCCUGUCCUUGGCAUUCGCGGCGAUAACGUUCUGGUCGGUGGGUCUGGCCGGGGGGUUUUCUGGGUUUCUGUUCUAUUUCCUGAUAAUCUUCGCUUCCUUCUGGGCUGGGAGCUCGUUCGUGACCUUCCUCUCGGGAGUGGUGUCUCAUGUGAUGUUGGGGUACACGGUGGUGGUGGCCAUUCUUGCAUACUUCCUCCUGUUCAGUGGCUUCUUCAUCACCAGAGACCGGAUUCCGGCAUACUGGAUAUGGUUCCAUUACAUAUCGUUGGUGAAGUACCCAUACGAGGCGGUGCUGCAGAAUGAAUUCCUGGACCCGACAAAAUGCUUUGUGAGAGGUGUGCAGAUAUUCGACAACACGCCUCUUGGGGUGGUUCCGGAAGCUCUCAAGUUACGGUUGCUGAAGACGUUGAGCAAUUCGUUAGGAAUGAACAUCGGCAGCGACACCUGCGUGACGACGGGGGUCGACAUAUUGAGGAUGCAAGGGAUUACUGAUCUGAGCAAGUGGAAUUGCUUGUGGAUCACAGUGGCCUGGGGCUUCUUUUUUAGGAUUCUAUUUUACUUUGCAUUGUUGUUGGGGAGCAAGAACAAGAGGAGAUGAUGAGAUUCAAGUUACAAAUUACAACAUCAACAACAACAAACAAAACUGCCAUUACUACUCUAAACUGAAUCAACACUUCGGCGGGGGAGGGAUUUUUUUUUUCUUUUUACUGUACUCUUUUUUGGGUUUUCCUUAUGAAUUUGACAUGGUGGUGGGCGGAGGUAAAUGGGGCUGGGUGGCUGAGUUAGGUACUUUUGUGUAAGUUACAUAAGACUUUCUUUCCUUUUUUUUUCCUCCCUCUGUUGCUCCGUAUUUAUUUGUGAAGUUUGUGCUUAAAUCAAUGAAAAUUCUUAAUAAUUGGACAAAUUCAAACU